UCGGCGUUCUGCUCUCUCAACAAAGAGUAAGUAUCCCAUGGCAACACUCCGCCUUCAGCUGGUGAUGGCACUAGUAUGGCUGCCAGCAUCCUGAAUCCAGCUGAAGGUCCUCCCAAGCUAGGAAAUGUACAACUAUUACCUCCUGCGGUAAACACAUGUACCCCCACUCCUCUUCCUGUGGUGGUCCCCACUCUUAUACCCACCCCCAGAGCCUGGGUCUCAGCUGUCUCCAGGGUUGAUCUCUCACCUGGGGUGGCCAGACCAGUGGCAGAGAACAGGGAGGCGCUGGAUGAUGUGACCAUAAGGCUGAAGAUGGAGGAUGAGGCCGACCUCUUGACCUACAUACAGGAGGCUCUGAAGACCGUGAGGGACAAAUGCAGUGGGCAACUCAAAGGGUCGGGCUGCAGAGGAUGUGAUCUUGGGAGGAUAGCACUGCUCCAGGAGAUGUGGCAGGGGGACAAGUCUCUCCACCAGUCAAACACUAAAGAGAACAACCUUGACCUUGCAAAUAGCAUCCACUUGUCUUUAAUGGUGGAUUAUACAAAUGAGGUGAACCAGUGGAUGGUUGGCAUCAAGAGACUUAUCCAAGAACUGUACAGCUUGCAAGCACAGACUGCAAGCACUGAACAAUCUAGCCCUUCACCCACAGAUGACCCUCAGGGUCAAGGUCAAACCUUGGCCUCCAGUGAAGCACAGCCAGUAGCUGGUGAAAGCUGAACUGAAUAUCACCAGCGUCGUCCUGCUUUUAUUUAUUUUUGUUACAACUCUGUAUCAGUUCAUGUUCAGGCCAUCAGAACACUAACAUGCUAGCCUUUCCAUCCCUUAUCAGUUUCUAUAGCUGGAAUAUUUACAGAGUGCGGCAUAAAACUAAAAUCACUCACUCACUCACUUUAUCAGUUUCUUGAAAUUAAUGUCCACUUUUAUCGAACACAUGUUACAAUUUUGUCAAACCUGUGUUUGAGAUCCCAGUCAUCCAUUACUGUUUGUCCUGGAGCCAGCUUGUGGAGACCAAGAAAUAUUGUAACUCUUUCCCAUGAUGAUCAGUUUACAUUCUGAUGAAAGAGCAUUUAUAUAGUUAAGACGCAGCCUCCACCAACUCCAUUGGUAUAUUCUGCUGCGCUAAGUGAAUAAUUUUAUGAGUGAAUGAAAUUCUCACCACACUGAUAGUAAGUCCAGCUUAGAGGCUAAACAUGGUGAAAUGUUGCUCAGGUCAAGGUGAUCAUCAAUGCUUAAGCUCUUCUUGCCACCUGUGAAACAAUCUAAGACCUUGUUCUGUAUUUUCUUCAUAUUGAAGCAAUCUCAUAUUUUCCUUAAUUAUUCCAAAAUAAACCAACUCCCAACCCAUUGUCCUGCCUGAGAAACACUUGACUCUUGUUAUCAUGUUUGUGUGACACACACCACACUCGUCCUAAUGAGGGGUGUAUUCAACUGUUUGGCCUGAACACUGAAGAUGUACUUAAGAUGUACUUAAGGUGCUUGGUGUAUGGAACUAUAUUUGGUCCGUCCUAAAUAGUCUUUUCAUAAUGUUACUAUGGUUACUGCUUGUCUCUUGUUAUAAUUAUUGUAGUUGGUGUGUACAUGUGUGCACAAAUGCCUCUCUAUAUAUCAUGUCAGAGUGCACUGGUAUGUUUGAUAGGGCACCAUUUGGGGAGCAUGUCUGUGACAAUGUUAUGAUCCAGAAAUAAUUGACAUAUAGUGAAAUAUUUCUGUCUGUCUAAGAUUCUGGGUAAUCAGGGCUUGUGUGACUUGUGAAGAUUUAGCCUUGUCCAGUACGCCCUGUCAUAAUAUCCUGGCUGGUGGAGGUGCUUUAGUUGCAGGUCAUGCUGGCAGACAGAAGUAACUCUAGAUUGACACUUUAAAUGUAUAAACCAGCCUUUAGAGAACAGCACAGUGACCUUUAACAGACAUGUCACAAUAUUUAUUGCAAGACAAUUGCAAGACAAAAGAAAUCUGUCCUCUGAUGUCACCCAUAGCAACAGGGUUGUUGAGUUUAUCAAAGGCAUGUAUGCUUCUCUUAGUGAUCUUUCAUCUCACUGAUGCCUGAAUAAGGCCAGCGAUGUUGAGAAGCUUCAUCUUAGUUUACUUCCUGCAGCCUGCAGCAACAUGCCCUGGCAGGAGCCGCUGUAUAGAUGCAUUUUGUUUUUAUGGAAGCAUUACUUGUUUUUUAACAAUACGAAGGUGGCGAUUUCCAGUCUGUUGAAUUCUAACAAAAACUGAUUGGUUUUCCUAGUGACAUGUGCCCCACAGCAGAGAUUUCCUCUCGAGAUGUUUUAGUGCUGAAUUCUAAAGGUGCUCUGAAUGUCUGGUUGAAGUCAUGUAUGUUAGCCUUUGUUAUGAAUACACAUUGCCAUUUAGAAAGUGGUCAAAUGUAACGUGUUAUAUUUGGGAUUACACUUUCUUAGAAAAGUACAGAUUCUGGUGCUUUACUGAGAAAGUGUAAUCCCAAAUAUAACAUGUAAGCCUUUGUUGAUGAAACUGUAUGUCAUCAAGUCAGACCUGAUAUUGUUGUAUACUGCUUAAUAGUGUCUGUAUUAUCAUUCAGUUAUUACUGACCUACUGAUUCUAGUCGGUGUAACAGAGCCACCCAAACAAAGCUGCCUGCCCUCUCAGUGAACCAAUCAUGCUGACAUUUGGAGGACGAC